AUGGAAUUAUCAAAUUUAUACAAAGAACUAAAUCAAUUAUCAACAACUCAAUCACAAUUAUAUGAUAAUAGGAAUGAAAUUUAUAGAAAUUUAAUAGAGAAUUGGCAAAAAAUGAAAUCAUUAGAGACAGACCAAGCAAACUCUUUAACAAAAGAGGAUUAUGCAAUUGCUGAUCGACUAACACAAAAAAUAAAAGAACUACAAUCAUUCAUGAUGCAGAAAAAGAAUUUAUUGUCCAAUGUUGAUAAAACAUUGAAUCAAUUAUUUGGAAAACAAAUUAAUUUAUUAAGAAAAAUUAAUGAGUUGAAUGGAAGAUUAGAGAAGGAACUUUCAACACAAAAA